CUCAGAGUCUGUUACUUUGGGCUGGGCUAACCUUUCCCUGAAAAAAAAAAUGGCUAAAAAUAUGCACUUUCAAAGUGCUAGUUGUCCGUUUACAUGUUUACUAGCUAAUUGUUUGCAGGCAUGAGCACACUCUCUCAUCUAGCUCACUGUUUUUUGGGAUCUGCUGCUUUCUGGAGGAGUAUGAAAAUCAAUUCUCCCUCAUAUUAAGCAUCCGCUGGAGGAAAUUUAUAACCACAGUCGCUCCAGGAAGCUCAUUGAUUAUCCAGUCUCAGAUAAAAUUGGUGCCAGAAUUUGGUUUGAACUAAUGUGGACGAAAACAUUUCCAACCAAUCCCUAGUCUCAGAGUGGUGAACCCCUGCAACCAGCAGGUCUCUGAAAAAAUAAAAAAUCCAUGGGUGACAGAAGAUUCAUUUACUUCCAAUUCCAAGAUUUAAAUUCAAGCCUCAGACCCAGGUUGGGCAAUGCUACUGCCAAUAAUACUUGCAUUGUUGAUGAUUCCUUCAAGUAUAAUCUGAAUGGUGCUGUCUACAGUGUUGUAUUCAUCCUGGGUCUGAUAACUAACAGUGCUUCUCUGUUUGUCUUCUGCUUCCGUAUGAAAAUGAGAAGUGAGACUGCUAUUUUUAUCACCAAUCUUGCCCUCUCUGAUUUGCUCUUUGUCUGUACCCUACCUUUCAAAAUAUUUUACAACUUCAAUCGCCACUGGCCUUUUGGUGACACCCUCUGCAAGAUCUCUGGGACUGCAUUCCUCACCAACAUCUAUGGGAGUAUGCUUUUCCUCACCUGUAUUAGUGUGGAUCGUUUCCUGGCCAUUGUCUAUCCUUUUCGAUCUCGUACCAUUAGGACCCGGAAGAAUUCUGCCAUUGUGUGUGCUGGAGUCUGGAUCCUAGUCCUCAGUGGUGGUAUUUCAGCCUCUUUGUUUUCUACCACUAAUGUCAACAAUGCAGCUACCACCUGCUUUGAGGGCUUCUCCAAGCGUGUCUGGAAGACUUAUCUAUCCAAGAUCACCAUAUUUAUUGAAGUUGUUGGGUUCAUCAUUCCUUUAAUAUUGAAUGUCUCUUGCUCUUCUGUGGUGCUGAGACCCCCCCGCCAGCCUGCUACACUGUCUCAAAUUGGAACCAAUAAGAAAAAAGUGCUGAAGAUGAUCACAGUGCAUAUGGCAGUCUUUGUGGUAUGCUUCGUACCCUACAACUCUGUCCUCUUCCUGUAUGCCCUGGUGCGCUCCCAAGCCAUUACUAAUUGCUCAUUGGAAAGAUUUGCAAAGAUUAUGUACCCAAUCACCUUGUGCCUUGCAACUCUGAACUGUUGCUUUGACCCUUUCAUCUAUUACUUCACCCUUGAGUCCUUUCAGAAGUCCUUCUACAUCAAUACCCAUAUCAGGAUGGAGUCUCUCUUUAAGACCGAAACACCUCUCACUGCAAAGCCUUCCCUUCCAGCUAUUCAAGAGGAGAUUAGUGAUCAAACAACAAAUAAUGGUGGUGAAUUAAUGUUAGAAUCCACCUUCUAGGUACGAGAACUGUUUUCAGGUUCAAAUAUGGUUUCUCCUAUGAUUUUUCCUAUGCUAUAAAUAAAAGAUUUGAACCUAAUGAUACUGAGAAUAGAUUAAUGUACUGAAUACAUUCAGAUACAUUUGUUUGAACAUUUAUUGUACAUACGCUGUUUUGUUCAGUAAUUAUAGGUCAAGUCUAAUUACAACAACUAAAAUAGACCACCAAACUCUUUCUGGUAAGUUAGAAUUUUAUUGUGUAACAUUAUGUAAGUGGCCAGUGGCCUUGACUUUAGUGAUAUGAAAUUACUUUAAAACUUUUAAAAAGAUAUUUGAUUUCCAAUUAUAUUUGGUAAUUGGGUUAGGCCUAUAAAUAUAGAACAAAUUCAGGGAAUAUUUUUUAAAAAUUUUGUGUUACUACUGAUAUAUAUUAGUCUUUUUCUUUUUUAAAUCAUCAUUGAGUUUAUUUUGGCACAAAAACAUACUUUAGCCUAACGUUAUUAAUAAGAAGUGUGUCAAAUUUAAAAGAGUGGGCAAAAUUUGUCAUAUGAAUUUUGAAAAUAGAAAAGAAAUUGUGUUUGGAAGAAUAUGAGUGGGAAGAAACAAAAAUUAACAGGAUUUACACAUUUAUAAUUACUAGUAGUGUCAGUUUUUAAAACUAGGUUUUUACUUUACAUCUAGAUUUUCAUAUGAAAUUUGAAAUCCAGAAAGUUGCUAAAUAUAUGCUCAACAGGUCCAAAAUGGAAAAUCAUAUAAGACAAGAAAAUAUCCAUUAAAAAAAACCUAAGCAACAUCAACCUUUUCUUUUUCCUUAAAAAUCUCUAGUUAUCUUUUUUGGGGGAGUAUACUGUGUUCUAUGAAAUAUAUGUUCUCCUCAUAAAAUUUUGGAGCACAAUGCAGGCAGAAAUCUGCA